AAACUUAAACAAAGAUGCGCUCAGACCCAAGUUGACAGAACAACUCAUAAUAAACCAGCGAACAGUGUUAUCUUAUGAUUAUAAACAGCCAUUUCAACGGCUCUUCAACGCUGCAGUAGGACAGCAGUAUCCAUGGCUAUCUACGUCUACUCACUUCAUAGUCAUUAGCUGUGUGUCUGCUCAAACAUGGAGGACCCUGAUAUUCGACAACAGAAGCUGGACCACCAGCGAUCCCUGCUGAUGAAAAAGCAGCAGAAGAAGAGGGCUGAUUCUCAAAUGGUGGUAGCCAAUCGGGAUGCAAAGCAAAAGCCAAAAAACCGAAAGCACAAAGCCGGGCACAGUGAUGAAACACCUCUGCUGAUCAGCCAGUCCCUGAGCAACACCUCCCUGAGUGAUCAAGUUGAACAUGCCCAUGACAACCCACUGGAUGAGAUCACACUGGGUGAAAGCGACAUGAUGGCAAGCUUGACAUUAGAUGAGAGGCCUUCAGAAAUGCCUCUGACCCCCAAGAGAAUGGACUUGGAGAUUGACAAGGAGCCUGAGGUGAAAUUUGAAGUGGAGACUGAUGCUCAGGCGGAGGGGAAGAAGACUAAGAAGAAAGAUAUGAAGAAAGAAAAAGCCAAACCGACGGAGGAGAAUGGUGAAAAGGAGACGGAGAAGGAAAAAGACAAGGAGAAAAAGGAGAAAAAAAACAAGAAGAAAGACAAAGUGAAAGACUCUGAUGACCCACAGAAGACGAACAAGACAGCCAAACAAGAGCGUAAAAAGAAACACUUACAGGAAGUUUCAACCCAGGAGACGGAGCCAGUGGUGGAGGUGUCCAGUCCGAAAAAUAAAUGUGAUGAAAGUGAGGAUGAAGAAGAAGAUGGUUCCCAGAAUCCUGUCCCUCAGACGCCUAAGAGGAAAAAACAACUUGACACAUCCAGGUGCCAAAUAAGUGAGGACAGCAAAGAAGAUGAAGUCCAGGGAAAGGAGAAAAAGGGCAAAAAGAAAGGCAAAGAAGAGAAAACUACACCAAGUCUGGCUUCCCUUAACUCUAACUACAGGGAGGGCUCGUCGUCGGGAAGUGAAUCGAAUGAAAGGACAACAUCUCCGAUGUCGGUGGAGGAUCUUGAGAAGUUUGCUCUGCGUCCAGCCAGCAGAGAUGCGACGAUCCAGUGCAGGGUCACCAGAGACAGGAGAGGCAUGGAGAAGGGCAUUUACCCGACUUACUACCUGCACAUGGAGAAGGAGGAUGGCAAAAGGGUGUUCCUAAUGGCCGGCAGAAAACGGAAGAAGUGCAAGACAUCCAACUACCUCAUCUCCACUGACCCGACAAAUCUGUCCAGAGACACAAACUGCUACAUAGGAAAACUAAGGUCCAAUGUCCUGGGUACAAAGUUCACAGUCUAUGAUGGAGGCGAAAACCCAGAGAAAAAGCCUUUUGUCAAAGAGAGCGAGUCUGUGCGGCAAGAACUGGCAGCAAUUUGCUAUGAGACAAAUGUUCUGGGAUUUAAGGGUCCCAGGAAGAUGACGGUGAUCAUCCCUGGCAUGACGGAGAAUGAUGAAAGAGUGUCCAUUCAACCGAAACAUGAACUUGAGACUCUACUGGUCCGCCACGCGAACAACAACACAGACAAACUGGUCACCCUGGUGAACAAAUCGCCGAGCUGGAACGAACAGACCCAGUCAUACGUGCUCAACUUCCACGGACGUGUCACGCAGGCCUCCGUCAAAAACUUCCAGAUCAUCCACCCUGAUAACGAGGAUUACAUAGUGAUGCAGUUUGGCCGUGUAGCGGAGGACGUCUUCUCCAUGGAUUACACUUUCCCCAUGUGUGCCCUGCAAGCCUUUGCCAUCACGCUGUCAUCCUUUGAUGGCAAACUGGCCUGUGAGUGACCCAUGCUGGUGUGCCUCAAGUGCUUAUCUAGAUCACUGAUCUGUGUAGAAACCUCAAGUAGAAACAAUACCCAUAUGACCCAAAGGGUCAUUGUUCAUGUUUUGUAUACUGGUGCAUUUGAAUACUUUGUAUACACCAUAUGGAGAUAAAAAAAUAAAUGCCACAGACUUAGACUUGUUUUAUAGGUCCAAUAUUUAUUAUUUCACCACAGAUUUUAUAUUGAAGUGGAAGCAUUUCAAUUAGUAAGUUAAUUUGUGGUCUCUCUUUUUAUAUUUGUCAGAUGUGUAAAGGACUUGUGCAAUAAAGAUAUUGAGGGCAACUGUGUAAACACUACCAGUAAGAUAUUAAAUGAUAAUAGCACAUGA